CGCCGCUCUCUUUCCCUGCGCAGAAUCAGAAUACGAGCCUCGGUUCGCGUAGAACACCAUCGAAUUUGGCGCGUUCGCCCUCCUGCCACCAUGGCCGACUACGAUCCGAGUUAUGGCGCUUCAUAUGAGGAUGACGAGUACGAGAAUGUGGACGGGCAAAACGGACUGGGCGGCGGAGACAAAGACGAAGACGAUUUGAUCGGCGCCAGCAUCACCCCCGAGGAAUGUUGGUAUGUCAUAUCGUCAUUCUUUGAAACCAAGGGUCUCGUGUCGCAGCAGAUAGAUUCUUUCGACGAGUUCACCACCACCACCGUCCAGUCGUUGAUUGACGAGUUUUCGCACCUGACACUUGACCACCCGAAUCCUACCGACAAUGAGGAUGUCGCCUUGCGGAGAUACGAAAUCAAGUUCGGGAACAUCAUGGUGUCGAAACCAACCAUCACCGAGGCGGAUGGCAAAACCACCAGCUUGCUUCCGUACGAGUGUCGCGACCGGAACCUGACCUACUCGAGCCCUCUGUACGUGAAGAUCUCCAAGCGGGUCCGUCUUGCCAUCAACGAGCCGAUCCCCUUGAACGAUCUCGACAGAGAGCAACAGGAACUCAUGGCGCGGACCGGCGAACACCCCACGACAAUCCGCUGGGAAGAUGAAAAGGCCGAGGACGAGUUGCAUGACAAGGACAAGGCCGAAGAGUUGAAGGAUAUGAUCUUCCUGGGGAAACUCCCCAUCAUGGUCAAGAGCAAGAUCUGCCACUUGAGGGACGAGGACGACGACGGACUCUUCCUCCUGAACGAGUGUCCCUACGACCAGGGAGGCUACUUCAUCAUCAACGGAAGCGAGAAGGUUCUCAUUGCUCAGGAACGCUCGGCAGCCAAUAUCGUCCAAGUAUUCAAGAAGCCGCCAAACGGCCCCAUCUCUUACAUGGCUGAAAUCCGCAGUGCUCUUGAAAAGGGCUCGCGUCUCAUCUCUUCCGUGGCGAUGAAGCUUCUGACCAAGGGCGAUCCUGGGACAGGAAAGAUUGCCAACACGAUCCGUUCAAGCUUGCCUUACGUGAAAGACGACGUUCCGAUCGUCAUCAUUUUCCGGGCCCUAGGCGUGGUGUCGGACGAAGAUAUUCUCAACCACAUCUGCUACGACCGAAAGGAUAGCCAGAUGUUGGAGAUGCUACGGCCGUGUAUCGAGGAAGCCUUUUGCAUCCAGGAUCGAGAGGUGGCUCUGGAUUAUAUUGGCAAGCGAGGAAGUGGCAUAGCUGGUGCGAACCGUGCAAACCGCAUAAGGGCGGCCCGGGACGUCCUGCAGAAGGAGCUGCUGCCUCACAUCUCGCAAAGCGAAGGCUGCGAGACGAGGAAGGCCUUCUUCUUGGGCUACAUGGUGCACAAACUCCUUCAGUGCGCACUCGGCCGACGAGACGUCGAUGAUCGCGAUCAUUUUGGCAAGAAACGACUCGACCUUGCCGGUCCUCUCCUUGCUAAGCUCUUCCGCAACAUUAUUCGCAGAAUGACGCAAGAUCUCACAAGCUAUCUCAAGCGCUGCGUCGAGCUGAACAAGAAUUUCUCCCUCACCUUGGGCAUGAAGCCUACCAAUCUUACCAACGCACUCAAAUACUCCCUUGCCACAGGAAACUGGGGAGACCAGAAGAAGGCCAUGUCCUCGACGGCCGGCGUCUCUCAAGUGCUCAACCGAUACACCUUUGCCUCUACUUUGUCUCAUUUGAGACGCACGAAUACCCCGAUCGGCAGAGACGGCAAGAUUGCGAAGCCGCGCCAGUUGCACAACACCCACUGGGGACUCGUCUGUCCGGCAGAAACUCCCGAGGGCCAGGCCUGUGGACUGGUCAAGAACCUGGCACUCAUGUGCUACGUCAGCGUCGGUACGCCAGCUGAGCCGAUCAUCGAGUUCAUGAUUGCCAGGAAUAUGGAGGUUCUGGAGGAGUACGAGCCGCUGAGAUACCCCAACGCGACAAAGAUCUUCGUCAACGGAACUUGGGUGGGCGUUCACCAAGAUCCCAAGCACUUGGUCAGCCUUGUCGCCGGCCUUCGCCGGAAGAAUGUGAUUUCGUUCGAAGUGUCGUUGAUUCGGGAUAUUCGCGACCGAGAGUUCAAGAUCUUCUCGGAUGCCGGCAGGGUAAUGCGGCCUUUGUUUGUUGUCGAACAAGAUGAGGAGAACGGGUCGGGAGCAAGGAAGGGCGAGCUUGUGCUCAAUUCCGAGCAUAUCAUGAGGCUCAGGCAAGACGAAGAUCUCGGGAGAUACCACGAAGAUUACUUUGGCUGGAAGGGUCUCCAGGAAUCGGGCUGCAUCGAGUACCUCGAUGCCGAGGAGGAAGAGACGGCCAUGAUCUGCAUGUCGCCAGAAGAUCUGGAGACUUACCGGGCGCAGAAGGCAGGCUUGGGGGACAUCGGCGAUGAGCGAGAUCCGGACAACCCUAAUAAGCGCAUCAGGACGAAGAUGAACCCGACCACACAUCUGUAUACCCAUUGCGAAAUCCACCCCAGCAUGCUUCUGGGAAUCUGCGCCAGCAUCAUCCCCUUCCCGGAUCAUAACCAGUCCCCUCGUAACACCUACCAGUCUGCCAUGGGCAAGCAGGCUAUGGGCUUCUUCCUUACCAACUACUCUCGUCGCAUGGACACAAUGGCGAAUAUUCUGUACUACCCGCAGAAGCCGUUGGCGACAACUCGAUCCAUGGAGUUUUUGAAGUUCCGAGAAUUGCCCGCCGGGCAGAAUGCCAUCGUGGCUAUCGCAUGUUACUCCGGAUACAAUCAAGAAGAUUCAGUGAUUAUGAAUCAGAGCAGCAUCGAUCGUGGGCUCUUCCGAAGUCUCUUCUUCAGAUCGUAUACGGAUUGCGAAAAGCGCGUGGGCAUCAACGUGGUGGAGCAGUUCGAGAAACCGUUCCGGAGCGACACUCUCCGGCUCAAGCACGGCACUUAUGACAAACUUGAUGACGACGGCAUCAUCGCACCGGGCGUCCGUGUUUCGGGCGAGGAUAUCAUCAUCGGAAAGACGUCGCCAAUCAACCCCGACAACCAAGAGCUUGGCCAGCGAACUCAGGCCCACGUCAAGCGGGAUGCUUCUACCCCUCUCCGUAGUACCGAGAGCGGUAUCAUCGACUCGGUUGUCUUGACCACGAACCAGGACGGCCUCCGGUACGUCAAGGUCCGCGUCCGUACCACCAAGAUCCCCCAAAUCGGCGACAAGUUCGCGUCCCGACACGGUCAGAAGGGUACUAUCGGCGUAACCUUCCGGCAGGAAGACAUGCCCUUCACAAGCGAAGGCAUCGUGCCUGAUAUCAUCAUCAACCCACAUGCCAUCCCGUCUCGUAUGACUAUUGCUCACUUGAUCGAGUGUCUGCUUUCGAAGGUCGCAACUCUCAAGGGCAUGGAGGGCGAUGCCACGCCCUUUACCGAUGUCACCGUCGACUCCGUUUCCGGCUUACUUGCCAACCAUGGUUACCACUCCCGCGGCUUCGAGAUCAUGUACAACGCCCAUACCGGGCGCAAGCUCCGGGCACAGGUCUUCUUUGGCCCGACGUAUUACCAGCGUCUUCGCCACAUGGUGGACGACAAGAUCCAUGCGCGUGCCCGUGGUCCGGUCCAGAUCAUGACACGCCAGCCAGUCGAGGGUCGUGCCAGGGACGGUGGUCUGCGUUUCGGAGAAAUGGAGCGCGAUUGCAUGAUCGCCCACGGUGCGGCAGCCUUCCUGAAGGAGCGUCUGUUUGAGGUGUCGGACGCCUUCAGGGUCCACGUCUGCGAGAUCUGUGGACUUAUGACCCCUAUUGCAAACCUCACGAAGCAGUCCUUCGAGUGCAGGCCAUGCAAGAACAAGACCAAGAUUGCGCAGGUGCACAUUCCGUAUGCUGCCAAACUCCUGUUCCAGGAACUGGCUGCUAUGAAUAUCGCCGCCCGCAUGUUCACCGACCGCUCGGGCGUCUCUAUCCGUUGAUGCUGCGUUUUACACGAUAUACCUGGGAAGGAAUGGAGUCGGGGAGGACUCGGCAAAAACCGAAAAAGAGUGGAUUUGGCAUGUUUUCGAAGGCAAGGGGUUUCUCAUUGCAUAUUCCGAGGCGUUCAGAGUCUUUAGGGUGCUCGUUCGGAAGCGGUCCUUGUUGUUGACAGGGGCUGGUCGGGUCACGGGCUGC